AUGGCACGUCAGAACUUCCCAUUCACAAUAGAAAAUAUUCUCAACAAGUUCCCUGACAAGAGUAGCGAGGAGAAGAAUCUGUUGGACUCUGCUGCCGUUGGACUGAAGGAGAAGGCAGAAGGAAGCGCCACUGGCAGACCGACUGAGACAGUCCAUCACACCUGCUGCCUGAGCUGCUGCUGCUGUCUCCACUGUGGGGAGGUUUUCCACUCGGAUUUCAUUCACGAAGCGUGUCGGUACGGCUGGUCCACAGGGUCGUUGCCAGAGGCAAACAGAGAAGGGCUGGUGCUCACGCACGGUCCAAGACGCACCAGACGGCACCGCACCAUCUUUACAGAGGACCAGCUGGAGGCUCUGGAGCAGCUGUUCCUGCAGAACCAGUACCCGGACGUCCACACCAGGGAGAGGCUGGCCCAGAGGGCGCUGCUACGAGAGGAGCGGGUUGAGGUGCUGAGUCUGUUGUAUCUUCACUAG